ACAACAUCUAAUGUUAUCUUUAUAAACAUAUAUUUAACGUUCAUUUUUGUACGACCGUUAGUGCCGACAUCGCCACAAAAAGUUGACGCGUGAACGGGUUCUGCGAGUUAUGAGUCACGGUUACGGAAUCAUCCUACGUCGGUCGAGUCGAGUUUAUUGAACAGAUAUAAUGUUUGUUUCCUAUUAUAACUGACGUUUGUAGUAGUGGUCAGUGGUAACAGUAAUUAGAAGGCUGUCCACCCCGGCGGUCCACCAGCCGGCUAGUACAUACUGUGUAGUGUGGUGGUCGCCUACACACCGUUCGCGUCAGUCUGACCGUCGCCAUGGCGGCGAGUGUGCGUGUUCUCGUGCUGGUGGUGGUGGUGGUGUCGGGUGUGACACGAGCCUUCGUAGACGAGGCAGUGGACGUGCUGAAGCUGGGGGUGGAGAUUGGGGAGGAGGUGUUACAGUCGUGGGAUGUCAUUGGGAAACAGUUCAACUCUACCGGGGGAGUGGAACUGCCGAUCAUCAAAAGGAGGGAGAGGAUAGUACUGGCGAGACUGGCGGACGUGUCUAAGUCGAUACAGCGGCUAGAGCUGGAGGUGGAGAGGAACGGAGCCGUUGCCAUGUUACUAGCUAAGGCCUCCAACAGGGGAGCCAGGCUGGAACUGAGGCUACACGAGCUGGGGGACCUUCUGAGUAGAGUGACGUCAGCGGACAGGCAGAUGAGAGAGUACGUGCGGCUACAGAGGGAGCUGGAGAGGACCACGCUGCAGGACUUCGCCGAGUGGUGCGUGUCCCACGACCCGGGGGCGCUGCCCGGCCUGCUAGAGAGAGUGCACUCGCUGAUAGCGCCGCCCUACAAACAUCUGCUGGGAGGGGGCGGGAUACUGCACAUGAUCCUCAGCGAUUUACAGGAGGAGCAUCCCGACCUGUGCGAGCUGCAGCUGUCCUCUCACCAGCUCAUAUACGACAUGUACAACACCAUCUCACUCACAGAGAUCAAAGGAUACGCCAUGAUGCAGUUCUCAUGGAUGCUGCUAAGGAUAUAUGGAAAAGGGAAUUUCACUCAGGAGGCGAGUCUAACACGGCAGAGAUACAGCGAGAGGACGUCUCGGACGGCGGCGGCGGCCAGGUCUGCUCUGGCGAUGGCCAAGAGAGAUCUUUACAGGUGUGACCCGCAACAACAUAAGGAAGGCGAAACGUACGCGGAAGUGACUCGUCUGUUACAAGGCUACAUAGAAAACGAAGUCAACAUGAACUCCGACCAGACGUGCAAAGAAAACUGUGCCUUCUACACACUCGCCGAGCAACACUCGUGUUACGACGAGAAGAUGUUCUGCUCGCAGCAGCCCAAGUGCAAGGGCAGGAUCAUCAGCUGCCAGUACAUCGACUCCGACAUGUGGAUAUGCAAGGCGAGUAAGAACAGUAUUCGUCGAUACGAGUGGAUCGAAUAUGAGAACGGUCGCACCCUGGGGAAAGUCGGGAGCUGCAUGAGGGGGACCACUAAGGUGGAUUCUUGGUGGCGUUGGUUAUUCUGGCACUGUUCUUACUGUAUGUGUAUCUGCGACGAGGCCGGUCCCAACUCCCAUCGUUAUUUUAGUCUGUGGGACACCACCUCCGACGUUAAGAACAACAAAGUCAUCACCGGGCUGAGGCUAGUGAAGUAUGGAAGGGUUUUCCACCUCCAGAUAAGCGAAGGGACUCUCGGAGAGAGAGGUUCUAUCACUCCUAGUGGCUGGGUGCCCAUACAAAAGUUCGACAUUACUGACGCCGGCGUCAAGGAGGGCGUCGACUACCACACCCUCACUUAUGAGAGGAGAGCGAUUGAUUUGGACGAACUCGAUUCACCAUCAGGUCACGUUUUGACAGGAGUCAGAUUCCGUAUGAUCGGUGCCCAUCUUCACUUUGAGAUACGUUCGACUCCUUUCAACUAUACAACAGGUCGCCUGUCACCCGACAGGAGCCAGUGGAUCAGUAACGAUAACACUGAUGGAGCCGACACCAAACCCAGGGUCCGCCUGGAUCUAUACAAGCCGGACCUGCCAACCCGCAGUUUAUCACCGCUGCCGGUGGACUCUCAACACGAUCAGUACAUAGAGUUCACUCAUAGCGACUUCGACGCGGACGCGGCGCAGAGUACGGUGCCUUUUAUCGACAUCCAACCGCUCGAACCUUCCAAGGGCUCGGCCUUGUUGAGCGGCGCGGGCAUCAUCCACCGCGGGGCCCGCGGCUCCGGCGGGUUCAUAGCCACCAAACUGUUCACGUACGACUACUCGCGUCACGUCAAGGCCGAGCUGCCUCCUAACAGCUUCGAGGACACCGAGGCGGACCUGCCGCCGCUCAAUACCUUCUAGAUUUAAGUCUUACCUUAUACUCAUUUUAAUUUAGUUUAAUUGAACAAUAAACGUAUUUUAAGACUUACGA